AACGAUGGUUGUGUACGUGCAGUUUUGAACUUGACACGUUCUCGAAAACAUAAUUUUUGUAACGAUAGUGAACGUUUAUGCCUUAAAUCUUGAAAAUUCUAAAAUUCUGUUUAUUUUGACGACGACGUUUCACUUGGUAUUGGCAGUGUAUUUUUAAAAUUCCAUCAAUGAAGCUGAAAGACGUGGAAUUCGCGCCUUUGUGCAUUCCACUCAGACGAAGACUCGAGACGCUCGCGGCCGCUGCAUGGAUUUAUUUAGUAGUAUUAGGAGGAAUAACAGGAUGGGCUUUUCUUUUGUACAUUUUAAUGGCUACUCGAUUUUGGUGGGCAGCACUCUUGUACGCUUUAUGGAUCUAUCUUGACCGAUCAGUAGCGUGGAAUAACCCGAAUAGAUUUCGCUUUAUGAGAAGGUUGGCAUGGUGGACUUACUUUAAGAAUUAUUUUCCAGUAUCUCUAGUAAAAACUCACGAUUUACCAGCUGAUAAAUCGUAUCUAUUUGCCACUUAUCCUCAUGGAGUAUUGUGUGCUGGAUCAUUUUCUAAUUUUGCGACGGAUGCAGGCCAAUUUUCAGAAUUAUUUCCUGGUCUCACGUCACAUCUUAUAACUCUCAACUUACACUUUAGCAUGCCAUUCACCCGCGAAAUUGGCAUUGGUUUAUGUCUUCAAGAAUCAUCUGAAAAAAGUUUGAUGAAUUUAUUGGAUAAUAAAAAAGGUAACGUUGCCGUUCUUAUGGUAGGUGGUGUUUCCGAAGCGUUCAAGUCUUUUCCAGGGCCAUACCAUCUUAUAUUAAAAAAAAGAAAGGGAUUUAUCCGAGUUGCUUUACAAACUGGAGCAUCAUUAGUGCCCGUGUUUUCUUUUGGUGAGACAAAUGUGUAUGGAUUAGGCGAAGCUGAGCCAAAUUCAAUCUGGGGUAAAUUGUUGAAAUUAAUUAAAUGGAAAAGUGGAAAUAAAGUACCAGUAGGACGUGGAUUUUUCCAAUAUAGUUUUGGUAUCGUGCCUCGUAGACAUCCAAUUGUUACUGUUGUGGGCAAGCCAAUUGAUGUACCGAAAAUUGCUAAACCAGAAAAAGAAGAUAUAGAGAAAUACCACAGUAUAUUUAUCGAUGAACUUACUAAACUAUUUGAAGAACAUAAAACUAAAUACUCAAAACAUCCCGAUGAAAUGGAGUUAGUAUUAGAUUAAAAUAUAAAAUUAAUUAUACAUUAUAUUUUUUUAUAGUCAUAUUUUCCCUAAAUUUAAUUUAUAGU